GUAAAACCCAGCUAACGGCCGCGUCAGGAACAGCGGUGGAUGUGCAGGGAAGGUCGAGUGUGCUGCCAACAGACGCAGAAACGUGGGCUCCAUUGACGCUGCUGUGUUCCACAUCAGGAUCAACCACAGUAAUUCUGAAGUUGUUCCUGGGAGAAGAAAGAAAGGGCAAUUACCUUUACCAGAAAGAACAAGGUGCUGUAACGGGACUGAAAAGCACAAACCAAACCUUCAGCUGACCUGCUCUGUGUUGAGCCCAUUGCGCAAAGCGCUGGAGGCGGCAGUCGCAGGACCAGGGGUUCCCGUGCAGGGCAGUUUUCUGAAGACUAUUCCGAGUGGACAUGGAAAAUAAUGGCAAACGUGUGGACAAGAAUGCUGGUUUGGGGCUCAGCACAAAGAGCAGGAGCUUGCGAUGGCAGCGGCUGGCAGUACGAGUGGCUCCCUGCAGCGAGGGCUCCCGGCACGGCCGACGCCAGAGCUGCCCUGCUCUGCUGAGACCUGUGGGCACCGGUGGUGACCUUCCCCCAGGAGCUGGUGACUGGCACCAGUUGUGACCUUCCCCCAGGAGCUGGUGACCGGCAUCAGUUGUGACCUUCCCCCAGGAGCUGGUGACCGGCACUGGCUGUGACGUUCCCCCAGGACCUGGUGACCGGCACUGGCUGUGACAUCCCCGCAGGACCCGGUGACAAUGGCUGCCCGUGGCUGUGGUGCAGGUGGAGGUCGCCGACUGGCUGGGGCUGAUGCACUUCAUGGAUGCCAUGAUGCUGAUGACAGUUUCCAACUACGUCGAACCCACGUCCGAUGAGAACGUCACUGUGAUGGACACAGAGUUCAGCAACGUGUCCGUCCGUCUGUACCUGCCCAGGAGGGCGCCGGAGGGGCUGCGGAGGGCGGUGGUUUUCUUCCACGGGGGAGGAUGGUGCCUGGGCCAGGCAGGCAUGAAACCCUAUGACCAUCUGGCAAGGUGGACUUCCACCGUGUUAAAUGCUGUCGUGGUGUCAGUCAAUUACAGGUUGGCACCCAAAUACCGUUUUCCUGUUCAGUUUGAAGAUGUGUAUUCAGUGACCAAGUUCUUCCUGCAGAGCCGCGUCCUGUCCCAGUACGGGGUGGACCCCGCGCGGGUCUGCGUUGCGGGAGACAGCGCGGGUGGCAACCUGGCUGCAGCCGUGGCGCAACAGCUGUUAGAGGACCCUGAAGUCGAAACUAAACUCAAAGCUCAGGCACUGAUUUACCCGGCUCUUCAAACCCUCGACCUGGAUUUGCCGUCUUACCGAGACAACGCCGAGAAGCCCAUCCUGCCCAAGUCGCUGAUGGUCAGGUUCUGGAGCGAGUACUUCACGUCAGACCCGGCGCUGCGGGAGGCGAUGGCCUCCAACAGGCACGUCCCGCCCGAGUCCGGCCACUUGUUCCAGCUGGUGAACUGGAGCAGCCUGCUGCCCGAGGAGAUGCGGCGCGGCCACAUGUACACGGGGCCCCGCGCGGGCAGCCCGGAGCUGGCGCGGCGCUUCCCGGGGUUCCUGGACGCGCGGGCGGCCCCGCUGCUGGUCCCUGACGCGCGGCUGCGCCGCCUGCCCCACACCUACGUCCUCACCUGCCAGCACGACGUCCUGCGGGACGACGGGCUCAUGUACGUGGGGCGCCUGCGGGCUGCCGGCGUGCCCGUCACGCACUAUCACGCCCGGGACGCCUUCCACGGGUCCAUGAUGUUUGUCUCGGGUUUUGCCGAGUUAGCUGUAGGGCACCGGCUGAUGAACAGCUACAUCCAGUGGUUAGAUGAGAACCUGUGAGCUGAGGAUGUUGCUCCAGCCGGGCUCGUGCUCCCCGGGUUGGGGGCGCAGGAGCUGCGUGAGCUGUAUGUGAUUGCUGUCUUCAUUGUGCUGCUCUGCAGUGUCUGGAUCGCAGCGUUUCUCCUCUUCUCUGGCAGGAAAAUCAGGCUGACUCUAACUAAUCCUCCAGUGCUGUCCUCUGAGCUGGGAACCCCACCAGGGCUGCCCUGGCCCCCCGAGCCCCCGCUGGCACAGCCCGUGGGACCCCACGUCCGGUGUCACUUCAUGUUUCUCCCUGUUGCAAUGUCCUCUCACUGUCUUGUGCAAACGGGCAGCACUGUCGCUGUCACAUGCUCGGUGGCACUCGCUCCCGGUGCCCCUUGGUGCGCUCCCUGUCCCACAGAACACACUGGCACGGCCCCACCGCUGCCGUGGGGGCGCGGGGGCACAGGGACCCACGCUCGUGAAGCAAAAGGCGACUUGUGCGACACUUUGAUCGGCUGCUGGGCUUGGGCUGUUGUUUCUCGAGCACGGUUGGAGGGAAGCGCUUGAAAACCAAAUGGGAUGCUGCAACACAGUGCAAACGUUGUUUUGUUGUUGUGGGUUUUUUGGUGGUUGGUUUGUUUGGCUUUGUUUGUGUCUGUGUGGUUUGGUUUCUGUUUUACUUGGUAAUCACUUUCUUUAAUCUCUGUAUUAGAAGGAAAUAGUGUAACAAAACAGCACUGGAUAUUGAUCAGAUAACACACAGCUGUGAAGGUCCUAGCCUUACAAUGGUACUGCUGUACGUUUUAUGCUCUACUCAUUAAAUAAGUUAUGUAUCAUA